AUGUCGUCCCCCGCCGCCGCCGAGUACGGCAGCAAGGACCAGCAGGACCCCAACAAGCAGAUCCUCUUCCGCUUCUGCUCCGAGUGCUCCAACCUCCUGUUUCCCCGCGAAGACAAGGCCGAGAACAGGCUGCUGUUCGCGUGCAGAACAUGCUCCUUCACCGAAGAGGCGCCCUCGUCGUGCGUCAUGAGGCACGAAAUCGCGUCCACGGUGGGAGCCACCGCCGGCGUCACAGCAGAGGUCGCGCAAGAUCCUACGGUUGGUCCCUCCGACCCCACUUCCCCGAGCCCUGCUGCCAAAGAGGUCACAUGUUGCACCAUGUGCGGACAGGACAUUGUCUGCGUCGAGUGCGGCCAGGACUGGGCGCCGGGCUUCAUGCUCGAGGCCGAGGACGAGCCGUCGCACGUGCCUGUCCAGCACCGGCACCAGCACCAGCACCAACACCAGCACCAGCACCAGCACGAGGAAUACGACUUGUACGACGACGACUUCUUCGACGACGACGACAUGGAAGACGUCCUGUCCUGA